AUGUCACUGGCAUCUGGUUUUGCUUUAAGCGACUCUUACCUGCCGCAGCGCCGCGGGAGAGACUCGCCGCUUGACCGUCUCCUCUACGUCGACAAAUCAAAAGACGAGCGGCGAAUGACGCAAUCCGCUCCCAAACACUGCAGGCCGCUCGCUCCGUUCGGAGCUGCCAUCGGGACCUUUGCCCAGAUGCGUAAGUGGUCAUGUGAUCACGGGCACUUAACGCCCUCCGGUGCUUCCUCGGGAACCGCUAAUGCCGCUGAUGAUAUGUGGAGAACUCGGUCGAGGAGCUGGACCGGCGGUAUGGAAGUCGUUUCUCAAGAGUUGGACUUCGCCCCCGAACUUCAAGACGGCCCUCGACCGUGGCUCGCCUCUAACAUGUUAACGAUAUUCGGACCGGUCACCGGAUCCCUCUCAGGGAAGGUCAAUCUCCCCUGCUUCUUCUCCAUCAUCCCGACCACGGCGCCACUGAUCGGUCCCAAGGGAACGGACGCUUACAGCAGAGAUUACCUCCGGAUCAAAUGGACCAAACUGGAUGGAGAAGUGGAGUCCACGGUGCUGGUGGCACAGAACGGCGUCAUCAAAAUCGGCUCAAGCUACAGGAACCGCGUCUCGGUGCCCAGUCACCCCGAGGACGUCGGCGACGCCUCGUUGACGAUGGUCAAGCUGCGGGCCAGCGACUCGGGCACUUAUCGAUGCGAGGUCAUGUACGGCAUCGAGGACACCCAGGAUACGGUUAACCUCGAUGUCAACGGUGUUGUGUUUCACUACCGGGAAAGCACCAGCAGAUACACGAUGAAUUACCAAAAUGCUGUCCAAACUUGCCGAAAUAUUGGAGCAACUAUUGCGACAUCUGACCAACUGAAAGCAGCUUAUGAGGAUGGCUUUGAUCAAUGUGAUGCCGGCUGGAUUGCUGACCAGACAGUGAGAUACCCAAUUACAAAGCCCAGGAAGGGCUGCUUUGGAAACCUACAGGCUAAACCUGGCGUUCGGUCGUACGGGACCAGGAAACCGACGAACACCUACGAUGUUUACUGCUACGCAGACAAACUCGAUGGUGAAGUGUACUAUGCUCCUGUGACCCGAAAGAUGACCUUUGAGGAGGCGAGUGCAGAAUGUAAGACGAGGGAUUCUGCGCUGGCAACCCCUGGCCAGCUCCACGCUGCCUGGCGACGCGGUCUGGACCAAUGUGACUACGGCUGGCUCUCCGACGGCAGCGUACGACACCCUGUCGCAAUACCCAGACUGCAGUGUGGGGGAGGCCUGCUCGGCGUCAGGACCAUGUACCGUCACCGAAAUCAGACCGGCUUCCCAGAACCAACGAGGAAGCUUGGAGUUUACUGCUUUAAAGGAGUUUACUCAUGUACAGACAAUAUUUGUCUCAAUGGAGGAUCUUGCUGCAAGAGAGGCAGCAUCUAUACAUGCAGCUGUGCUCCAGGUUACAGUGGUGAUCGGUGUGAAACAGAUUUUGACGAGUGCCAGUCAAACCCUUGCCGCAACGGAGGCACAUGUGUUGAUAGACUGGCUUCCUUUACAUGCGUGUGCCUCCCAAGCUACUCUGGGCUGUACUGUGAGGAGGAUACAGCAAUCUGUGACCAUGGCUGGCAUAAGUUCCAGGGCCACUGCUUCAAAUACUUCCCCCACAGAAGAAACUGGGACGCGGCUGAGAGAGAAUGCCGCAUGCAGGGGGCUCAUCUCAGCAGCAUCUUCUCCCACGAGGAACAAAAGUUUGUCAACCGUCUUGGACAGGACUACCAGUGGCUUGGCCUGAAUGAUAAAAUGUUUGACAGUGACUUCCGCUGGACUGACGGCAGUGCUGUGCAAUAUGAAAACUGGAGACCCAACCAGCCUGACAGCUUUUUCUCCUCUGGGGAGGAUUGUGUCGUGAUGAUAUGGCACGAGGACGGUCAGUGGAACGAUGUUCCUUGCAACUACUGCCUAACUUUCACUUGCAAAAAGGGCACAGUGGCCUGUAACCAACCCCCUCUGGUGGAGAAUGCAAAUACCUUUGGUAAAAAGCGUGAGAGGUAUGAGAUCAACUCGCUGGUGAGAUACCAGUGCCAGACAGGCUUUAUUCAGAGGCACGUCCCGACUAUUCGCUGUCGUGGGAACGGGCGAUGGGAUAGCCCGAAAAUCGCCUGCAUGCACCCGUCAAUCUAUCAGAGGACCUUUAUCAGAAAACAUCAACACGAUAGUCUCUACAGCAUCAACAACUUCAAGAGAUGGCCGGACGAGACCUUCCGCUUUCACCAGCAGCGCUACCGGGGAAGAAGAGACAGGACUGAGAACAAGCAGAAGAGGCCGUAAUGGCCAUGCAACAUGGCACAGAUGACGAGAACACAUGGCUAAUGCGUGUGUGGAAAGAGGAAAUGGAUUCCCCAAGGAAAAGCACAAGAAACUCAUCAAAGAAACCAAAAGAACAACCUGUAGUUUUCUGACAAUUUUGGAUGAGGAUGAGAUGUAGUGCCUUUUUAAAAGUUGUUGAAUGAUGAUUUUUCUUAUCAAUGGGCACAAUGCCGAUGUGGAUAACAUACUUUCAGCUGGCUACUGGGAAAGCAAAAAUGUACACUAAUUCUACUUUUUCAAAUAAUACAUCCAUGACUGUCUAAUACCUCUGUAGACCGACUCUGCUAUUCAACAUCACCAUAAGUGUUCCUUAAUCAUAGAAAAAAGCUAUGGGGAAAUGAUAGCGCUUACGUUAUGUAAAGGAAUCCAUGAUGUUGUCGUGCUGUUUUAAGCUGGACUUCAUUUUAAUGAGCAUGCAUGCAUAUAGAUUGAAGUCCUUACAUUUAACGAUGUUUGUUUUCUAUGGCAAGACAUCCAAGUUGUAGGAACACAAAUGGAAGCAUCGCUGGCAAUGAAUGAUCACACAAAGGACACCUAGUUAACAUUAUAUAUAUCACAUACUUACACUACUGUAAAUCUUUGUAAAUCAUAUUUGAUCCAGUCUUCAAACCUAAUCAGGAGGGUUUAUAAGUGUUGCUAUUAGUAGAAACUUCAUCAAAUUUCACCAAAUUACCACCCGCCAUUCGCUCCAGCUGUCAAUUGAUGUCAUCGGUGUCUUGUCAGGAUACGUUUUAAUGGCUAGAUUUCUAUGCAGAGAAUUUCUUUUGUGUGUUUUCUUUGCAUUUUAUUUGUAGAGUUUGCUCUGUAAGUACUUACCGACAAAGCCUUUAUCCACUGAUCCAAUUCCAUUAAUAUUUUCAAAUGAAAGAAGGGAGAUGUGGCUCAAGUAGCCAUGUAUUUUAUUAUGUAUGUUCAGUGCAAAACGUACAAUUAGUUGCUAAAGCAUGUUGACAAUAACUUCAUAAUUACACACCACAAGUGUUCUGCUACUAUCUGUUGCUGUUGUGCUGUAGACUGUGAUGGUUUUAUAGGGAAAGCUUUUUAUUCUGGACUUUUCUGUCAUUGUGGUCAUCUGAAAUCAGGCUUUGAGAGAAUGUAUUUUGUGAAACCCUCAAAAAGACUUGAACAUGAUGGCUGUUUUGUCACAGAUGCAUAUAAUUUAUUUUCAAGCUGCUCUUGUGCUCCAUACUUAUUUUAUACUUGAGGGUGAAAUAUGAUGCUGCCAUAUUUCCCAGGAGUGCUCCUUAUCUAUUUCUAUUGUAUGUUUAACAAGAAACCAGCCACAAUGACGGACUUUCUAAAUCGAAUGCAUUGAAGAUGAAAACUUGCCAAACAAUAUAAUCGAUUAAUUUGUCUUUUAACAUCUUUAAUGACAGAAAUUGGCCAAAGAAUAAGGAGGGCUCCAUCAGGCUGCACGACUGUUCUGUAACAUUAACAACAUCUUUGUACAUGGGAAUGGUUAUGCGUCUCGCCACCAAUUUUUUUUAAUGGAAAAAAACGUGUUUGUUUUUACUGCCUGUGAAUGUCUAUGUGUGCGCUUUAGUGUGUGCAUAUAAUAUAAUUUUAUAUUUAUAACUUUUAAUUUUACAAUGUGAAUGUCUGGGAUGUUUGUGAAUUUGUUUUAAAGAGAUCAAACUUGUUUUUCUUCUUUAAAUUACCAAAGAAAUAAAAUAAUAAAUAUAUGAAUAUUA